CCACGUUGCCAAAACGAAAGCACAGUUUUUGAGUCAAACCCUCAUUCACUUCUUUUUGAAAAGAAACAGCAGGGGACACCUGAUCUGAGCCAUGUCUGGACUGAACGCAUCUCUCGGAUACUUCCUGGCUGUUGUGAUAUUUGCAGCCUCAGUUCGAACACUACUUAAAAAAUGGCCACGGUUUAGCUUCGUUUCAGAGUUUGCAUCCUCUUUUAUGUUGGUGGCAUGUUGGCUGGAGGUGCAGACCAUAGUGGAGGUGGGUGAGUGGGCCGGAGGCUUGGGUCCUGAUGUGACUGUGACCAUUCUGUUUGUGGUGCUGCUAACCCACGGGGUGAUCUGUGGUGGUUUGUCAGGGAAUCCCACCCGGGUGGUGCUUAAGUUCCUGCAGCUAGAGGCCACCACCCUGCCCUCUCUCCUUGCUGUUACAUCCCAGUUUCUUGGGGCCCACCUUGGCCUUCUUGUAGCGGUGUACUACUGGAGUCUGGAGCUGACAGACAUGCACAUGAUCAAAAAUCUGAUGGCUAGAGAGUGCAGCACAUCUCUGCUGGUCUCUUUGCUUCAGGGUUUUUUCACUGAGUGUGUUUGCACGCUCAUCCUUCACCUAAUCCAUCUAAACCUGCAACGCAGAUCUGCUCUGAUCCGGGUGCCUCUGAUCGCUGUCCUCCUCACUUUCCUGUCCCAUACAGCCAGAGGCUACACCUCCGCUUACAUGAACCCAUCCCUGGCCUACGGCCUCACCUUCCACUGCCCUGGAUUUACCUUCACAGAGUAUGCAGUAGUCUACUGGCUGGGUCCUCUCACAGGCAUGAUUCUUGCUCUUCUCCUGUACAUGGGACACAUUCCAAGGAUUUUUGCCAAGAACCUACUAUAUUUUCAGAAGACACGUUUCAGAGUGCCAAAGGGGGACAAAGGAGAAAAUAAGAAAAUGUGAAAGAAACUGGAAAUUUGUAUUUUCUUUUAAUCACCAAUUUAGGAAAGUACCUGACAACAAAAUUGGUUAAUGGUCAAGAGAUAUUUUCCUCAAGUAACAGUCACAUGCCUGUACAGAAAAUGUAAAAUACUAAGCGUAAAAAAAAUGUGGCGAAUUGGUGAAAUUCUCCAUUCUUGAUGGCUGUUUUCAAUAAAAUCAUGAAUGAUAA